AUGGGCGAAGCAGAGGCAGCUCACGCGCCGUCGGGUGACCCUCGACAUGCCAAGUAUUAUUUUGCUUACGGCAGCAACCUACACAUGAAGCAGAUGCAGCGCAGAUGUCCCAAGAGCAAGUACGUCGGCUUUGGGCGGCUACCCAACUUCCGAUGGCAAAUCAACGAGCGCGGGUAUGCCAACGUCGUAUACGCAGAGGGGCACUGGGUCGAUGGUCUGGUGUACGAGAUUGAGGAGACGGAUGAGGAGAAGCUCGACAUCAGCGAGGGCGUCUCCAAGGGCGCCUAUGAGAAGCAGCAUAUGCAGGUCAGGGUCAAGCUGGCCUGCUGCUCGCUGUAUCGCCGCUCUGUUCCCUGGAUUGUGUCCCGCGGCGGGCCAUGUCGCGUUCGCAAGAGUGCCAAGCACAGCCAUCGGAAGACGACCGCCACCAUUGAUAGAGAGACCGACAAUGUGCUGGUGUAUAUAAGCCUGGUGCACGUGGUCGAUAGCAGCCCCAAAGAGGAGUACAUCGAUCGCAUCAACCGUGGGCUCAAGGACGCAGCGUCUCUCGGCAUGGAUGAUGACUAUAUUCGCAACUGCAUUCGGCCCUUUGUACCAGAAUCAGGUGGCUCAAGCCAGGAAACACCCACGCCUACGAGAUCAAAUUCGCCGCGAGCAAGUGAAGCUGGAGUAUAA